ACAUCACAAUCUGUAAAACCGACAAUCCAAUUGGAUAAACUCGCAAGGUGGGUCACACCCGCGAUUGUUUUUGCAGAAUCAUGCAUUAAUUUAACAUAAAGGUUCAAUCUUGAUGUGGAUUACGGAAUAAGAAAACAAGUAUGGGUGAAGCAGACAAGCAACGGUGUGAUACAAGCAAAGUUUCCAGCCUCGUUUGAAUACACGUCAACACUCAUUAGAAAAAUGGAGACUUUUGUUUAACAACUCUUUAUUAGUAUUCCUUGAUUCAUAACUUUGUCUGAUUAAACUUUAUUUUUCAUGCAAAGUGCCUCAGGAAUCUGCAUCAAAUUGCAUAUUCCUUGGGUUUUAUCUGUGGGUUUUGGAAGUGGAGCAAUUUUGUUUUGAGUUUUUGGAUGGGAGAUAGUGAGAGCUGCAGCAGCCGGCAAUCCGAGUGGUCACCGCUUCAAACCCGAAAAAGGCGGCAUAAAAUUGAAGUGUUUCACGAAGUUUUGUGUAGGCUUAGAGAAUUGGAAAUCGAAGAGGCUGCUGAACCGGGAUUUGAAGAUGAACUCUGGGCACAUUUUAACAUGUUUCCUCUUCGCUAUGCUUUGGAUUUCAAUACUGAACGGGCUGAGGAUGCCCUAGUGCACAAGAAAUUAUUGAGCAUGGCACGUGAUCCUCUUACACGGCCAGCUGUUGAUGUGCGCCUUGUGCAGGUUAGGCCCACCUGCGAUGGAAAUUCAGGCAAUACUGUCCAUUCAAGCUUCACCAAGGGAGGGAACGCUCUCCUGUCCGAUAGCGUUCACUGUCCACCUGCGUUUGGCCCAUCAGAAAAUUUUGAACUUGCCUUUGAAGCAAAUGAAUCCAAUGCCCAAGAUGACAAUAGUUCUGUGAGUAGGAAAUCGUACUUAUUGCGGCCAAUGCAUGAAAUAACAAUAUCAACAAAAGACAAAGCCAAGCUGCUUAGUGGGUUAACAUCUCUUAUGUCUGAGAUUGGCUUGAACAUCCAAGAAGCUCAUGCUUUUUGCACGAUUGACGGGUAUUCACUUGAUGUCUUCGUUGUUGGUGGUUGGGAAGAGGGCGCUGAUCGUCUCAAAGCCACACUAGUGAAAGAAAUUCCAUACAUUGAGAAACUGUUGGUUAAACACGAGCUUGUAUCCCCUGCUGUCAGCCUGGAGCAGAUCGGAUUUAGUAUACAAUCAUGCCAUGUGGAAAUUCCUAUUGAUGGGAAUGAUGUCUGGGAAAUUGAUUCUGAUUUGUUGGAGUUUGAGUACAAGAUCGCUGCAGGGUCAAACGGAGACAUGUACAAAGGUUUGUAUCGUAGUCAAGACGUGGCCAUCAAAUGUUUCAAGACCGACUCCCUUAAUAAAGAUAUGCAACGGGAGUUCUCUCAGGAAGUCUACAUAUUGAGGAAAGUUCGGCACAAAAACGUGGUACAGUUUAUUGGUUCAUGUACUAGACCUCCACUCUUGUGCAUCGUUACUGAAUUUAUGUCGGGUGGAAGUGUGUACGAUGCGCUGCAUAAACAAACAGGUGUUCUCAAGCUUCCAGCCAUGUUGAAGGUUGCGAUUGACGUCUCUAGGGGAAUGUGCUAUUUGCAUGAAAAUAACAUAAUUCACAGGGACCUGAAGGCUGCCAACCUUUUAAUGGAUGAAAACGAAGUGGUUAAGAUUGCUGAUUUUGGUGUUGCUCGAGUACUAGUUCAGUCGGGAGUUAUGACUGCAGAAACCGGAACUUAUCGCUGGAUGGCACCGGAGGUUAUUGAGCACAAGCCGUAUAAUCACAAAGCCGACGUUUUCAGCUUUGGCGUUAUGUUGUGGGAGCUUCUAACUGGAAAAGUUCCAUAUGCACAACUUACUCCUUUGCAGGCAGCUGUGGGUGUCGUCCAGAAGGGUCUAAGGCCAACAAUACCGAGGCACACUGAUCCGUUGGUGGUGGAAUUGCUCGAACGGUGUUGGCAGCAAGAUCCAUCUUUAAGGCCUGAAUUUUCUGAAAUUACUGAGAUCUUGCAAAGCAUUAGCAAAAAGAUCUUCGAAGAAGAGAGAGCUGCCAAAAAGAGAAAUCUGGGAGAGCCAUGAUGUUUUUCUGUAUGUACAGCUACAUCCAGUCAACUAAUCUUAUUCGGACAAAACUCACGGUGGAGAGUAGGGCUGGAUGGCGAAGAAAACUAUAGCUGAUUCGACUAUCGUUACUGCGACCCUGAACGGGAAACGCGAAACAAAGGUCCAAGCUAACAAAGACCAACCUUUGAGGUAUAUCUAACAAAAGUAUGGUUCACAAAACUGCUUCUUUAGAGACAACACAACUCGUAUAGUUUUCGAGAACCAAGGAUCGAGGGUCCAAUGCGUCUUUUAUCGUAAAACGAUAAUAUAAUUACCAGUGAAUGUUUAAUAUCAUUCCACAUUUCCCUACUCACUCACCAUUUCUUUUAGAUAUUGGAGCAGUUGAAGAUUUGAUUUUUUUUUCCUAAA